AUGGCGAAGAAGGUGAAUAAAACCAAGGUAAGUGGUCAUUUUUCGAAGGGUUUUGUUUGCUUUGAGAUGUUUGUUAUGUGAGGGAGCUUAUGAAUAUGUUUUUGGUAGGUUUUUGAAAUGUUAUUGAGAUUGUUUUUGGGUUUAAAUAGAAGGGGGAUUAGAUUUUGUAGGUAUUGAUGGAGUAGGUGGGAAUAUUAUUGAUUUGAAGGUAAAAUACGACAUGUUCAAGCGCAGUUUUAGGUCAAAAUGAAGCUUAAAGUCAAUAGAAUGUUAUUCUAAAAGAAGUGUUAGUUUCCUUUUUUAAUUUUUACAAAAAUGAUUUUUUUAGGAACAAGCACCUUCAAAUCGCCGCCUUUUCUCAUGGCCAUGCCUCUUUCUAUUUACAGCCGCAGCUAUUGGUCUAGGAAUCUACACAACUGAUGUCAAGUCUAUAGACGAUAUUAUCAGACGAUUUACAGAUAGUAAAGUAAAGCAAGCACCACAAAAGCCAACUGCGAUAAUAUACAAUGGACCAAAGCGGAUAUUAGAAGCUAAGUUGGAAGAUUUGGACGAAAUUGAUCAAAGACUGAAGAAAGAGAUUGGUCAUUUCAAUUAUGAUCUAUAUGGACCUGGAUUACACAAUGUACCAGUAAAAUUGCCUGCGGAGUUGAAGGCGAAAUCGGAAGCAAGGUUUGGGGAGAACAACUUUGAUGUAGUGGUAUCGGACUUGGUUUCGAUCAAUCGACAACUUACUGACGUUAGAAACAAAGCGUUUGUUGUUUAUUAUAUUUAAAAUACAUCCAUCUUGAAGUUGCUAACAUGAUUUGUUUGUUUUAAUGAAGGAGAACGGCGAAAAUGAGCUUUAAAAUUAAUUUUAGCUAGUAUACGUUAUUUUGAAUCUAAAUUGAUCAAGUUUCAGAUGUCAACGAAGAUUUACGAUGGCUAGCACUCCAAAAGAUCUUCCAAAAGCUUCUCUGAUCAUUGUUUUCCAUAAUGAAGCGUUCAGCACUUUGAUUAGGACCUUACAUUCCAUCAUAACAAGGACUCCAACUUACCUUAUCCAUGAGAUUGUGUUGGUCGACGAUUUGAGCGAUAGAGGUAAAUUUAGCAUUUCAAUUAAUUUUUUACUACUAUAUUAUUGUAGGCGAACGUCUUGUUGAUGUGUUUGCAAAAAAUCAAAGUUGUGGCUUUAGUUUUUAAAAAGUUAUAACGAUAUUGUGUUAGAUAGGCACAUCUUUUAAGAUUUUUUAGGGAUAUAGUUUCUAAUAUCAAUUUUAAUGAAAAUUCUUUUAGAUUGGCUCCAAGAACCUUUGGAACGAUACAUAAAAGAGUUUCCCUUCAAAAACAUCAAGUUGAUCAGGUUACCAGAGAGGAGUGGAUUGAUCAAGGCUCGUUUGGUGGCUAGCGAAGCUUCUUCUGGGGAUGUAAGUGGUUUUCUCUAAUAUAUAUUUAUUGAAAGUUGUUUAUAAAGUAUUUCUAAUAUUUUUUGAAUAUAUUUUUGUUCAUUUUGUUUGAGAACUGAAGAGUUUGACUAAAAACAGCCAUGGAUAAUAUUGUUUUGAUGUUUUUCGCAGUUUUUUAAUAUUCCGACCCUUUUUUGGUUGAAAAUAGUUAUUGUUCAUUUGGAAUAUUAUUUUAUAGUAUAUAUAUUAUGAUAUGGAACAAUUAAGCCGAUUAUAAACUUGAUUUUCGCAUAAAAACGUCAUGGAUAAUAUAUUUUUUGGUGUUCUUCACAUGUUUUUAUUUAUUUAAUGCCUUUUUUGGUCUAAAUUAUGUAAUAUUUUUACAAAAUAUGAUAUCAUAAGGUGUUUUGUAUAACAUAAAUAUUUAAACUUGCUAAAAAAUAAAAAGUUUUGACGAAAAACACCAAAAAAUCAAGGCAAAGACACCAUUUUUCUCUCCCGAAAAAGCGCGCCCCGCGUCAAAUAGGAAACGAAGAGGAAGAGCUGCCGGCCCAAGUAGUAUAGUGGUUAGUACUCCACGUUGUGGCCGUGGCGACAUCGGUUCGAUUCCGGUCUUGGGCAGCCUCUUUUUUUGGAGUUUUUUAGUUGGAAAAAGGGUUGGUAUGGGUAGGGGUGGGUUGUAAAAUACGGAUGCUUUUUUCGUUGAUUUAUAAAUGGUUUGAGAACGUUUUUUAUACAAUCCUAGGGUGUUUUGAUUGAAAAAAUGAUGAAAAACGUCAAAAAUUAUUGUUUUAGGCUAUAAAUGGCAAAAUAACGACAAUUUGUUUAAAAAAACCAAUUCAAUGCGAUUUAUAAUAUUUUAUGGCACUUUCAAUAUAUUCUUGCGUCAAAAAUUGCAUUUUUUGUUAAUUUUCACAAAAAUCUUGUAGGUAUUGCUAUUCCUGGACGCUCAUAUUGAAGUAACCAAAAACUGGAUUCAACCACUGUUAAUUCGUGUAAAAGAAGAACCGAACGUCUUAGUAGCGCCACUGAUUGAUGUGAUAGACUUGGACAACUUUGAGUAUCGUACAACGAUCGAUGGUCUAGUUGGGGCCUUCAAUUGGCGGCUGACCUAUAGCUGGACUAAUAUCGAUGAAGUGGAAAAUAAGAGAAGAGGAGGAGAUAAGGCUGCUCCUGUUAAGUAAGCUUUUGAGGGUAUUUGGCAUUAAAAACUAAAAUUUUUUAAAUUUUGAAAUUUGGUUUUUUUCAUUCUUUUAAAGCUAAAAUAAGGUCAAGCUUAUAGACAUUAAUAUUUAUAGGACACCAGUGAUUGCCGGAGGUCUUUUUGCCAUCAGAAGAGACUACUUUUAUGAACUGGGAACGUACGAUGAAGAUAUGAAGGUUUGGGGAGGAGAAAACGUCGAAAUUUCAAUGCGGGUAAGGUGGAAACAAAGUUUUUGCAAAAAAAUGAAAAAUGUAUAAAAUAGAUGUUGGAAAGAAAGUUCUUGCAGAAUUUCUUUGAAAUUUUGAUUUUUGAGAAAAAUCACGGUUUUUGGGACUGUAAAGAACGUUUUUGCAGAUUUAAAAAAGUUGGUUUUUGGAGAGAAUUUUGGUUUGUAAAGAAAGUUAUUGCGGAUUUAAAAAAACUUAAUUUUAAAAUUUCAAAAAAAGUUAAAGUAUUUCAAAAUUUUAGGCUUGGCGAUGUGGAGGCCAACUAGAAAUUCAUCCAUGCUCAAGAGUAGGUCAUGUCUUCCGCAAAGUCACCCCAUACACAUUCCCGGGCGGCGUGGAGGAAAUGAUCUCUCACAAUGAGAUCAGAACGGCCAAGGUUUGGCUAGAUGAAUAUCAACCCUUCUACUUUAACACUCAUCCUUGUGAGUUGAUUUUUGAAGGUUUGGGGUGUUUUUUAAUAGUAUUUUGAUAGUUUUAUUACAUAUUGAAUUGAGAAAGUAAUUUUGGUUAAGAGCGGGAGUAAAAUCGAUAUUAAACUUUGCACGGUGCAAAAAAAAAACAAAACAAAAAAUUUUUGAAAUUAUAUUUUUGGCUAUUAGAAAUGAAAAAUAUAAUAAAUAUUGAAUGUUUUAAAAAAAGAAUUAUCAAUUUUGGUUUAGUAUAACAAAAGUUAUGGAAAUUUGAAAUUUUAAAGGUUUCUUUUUAAAAUAAUUUUUUAAGAUUUAGAUUUUUCUGUUUGGGAAUGAAAAUUUUGAUUAACGUUAUGAUUUUGAAAACUGGAGUCAGAUGAUUUUGUCAACUUUAUCAAAAGUUAUAACAAUUUAAAUUUUCGAACUUUUUCGCACCGUGCAAAAAUUUAAAAUCAAAAUUUUUUUUGUUUUAAAAGUUUGAUGCCUAAAAAUAUAUAAGAGAAACAAUUUUAAGGUUUUUGAAAAAAGGAACGACAGUUUUGGUUCAUUUUGGCAAUAGUUAUGGCUAUUUGAAAUUUUUAAACUUUAUGCCAUUUUAUCUUAUUUUAGCCUUGAAAACAUCAAUUUUAUCUCAUUUCAGUCUCGAAAAAGGUUAAAGUAGGCUCGGUGGAGAAGCGGCUAGCCCUGAAAGACAAGCUGAACUGCAAAUCGUUCCGUUGGUAUAUCAAAAACAUCUAUAGAAUGUCACCGUUCCCAUUAGAAUACCAGUUUAUGGGCCGAAUUCGAAGCACCACCGACAACUUUUGUGUAGAUUCACGGCAACAAAAGCAGGGAAAACUGUUUAUAGCAGAGCUGGAAGACUUUGGUAACCAUCAGUUGUGGGUAUUGGACAACGAAGGUGUGUUGUAUAACGACCACGCUUGUAUCAAGUUCAAUGGAUAUGAAGCGGAAGUGAUUCCUUUCGAAUACACUAAGAAUGGAUGUGCCAGAUUUGAUUAUAAUCCAGAGGUAAGAGGGGAAUUUAGUUGUGAAGCUGAUGUUAGGGUUUGGGUGUUUUGGAUUUUAAGGACUUUUUUUAAAAAUCAAGAAGUAAUAUUAUAGUAGGCUCGGUGGUGGGUCUUAUUCUUUUUGUUGUAACUUUUUUGAAAAUAUAGGUAGAGACUUGAAAUUUAAUGAUAUGGUAGACUAGUCUAGUGGCCAAGUAACGGUUGUUAAAGGUUUUUGAAACCUCGAGCCGUUUUAAUGUUACAGUAUAGAAUUUUAACCCCAUGAUUCUUGUUUUUUUUUGAAAAAUUGAAAAUUUUAUGUUUGGUCAACUUUAUAGUGUAAAUCUUUACUUUUAGACCAAACAAUUCACGGAACGCUCUACCGGUAUGUGCUUAGCUCGAAAUAACAUCCUCGGCUGGCUUGACUACUGUUCCCACCAGGAAAACACGCAAUGGAACGUCGAAGUCCUCGUCAAACCUGAGAGUACAUCAGAUGAAUAA